AUGGGUGAUAAGAAGAGGGGCGCAAGCUUAAUAGUUGAAGGGAAUUCCUUCAGUUGUGAUAAAAAGGAAAAUGCAAAAGGGAGAGAAGAAUACAUAAAGAAUUUAACUGGUUUAUUACAUAACUACGCCAGCCAUAGUACUUUAGAAGAUGUAAGUGAUUUUUUGGCUAGUUCAUAUAGGCAUUUUUUAAUGGAUUAUAUACUUGAAGACUUGAAAUAUUGUCCAUCUCGAGAUUUGAAUUUUUUAAUAGGUAUUUGUUUAGAUAUAAUAAAAAACAACCACAAGACAUUUAAGUAUCAAAAUAUUUAUUUUAUAUGUUUGAACACAUUAUUUUUGUUAUUAAAUAAAGUAAAUAAUGUAAACGGAUAUAUGGAAUUUCUGUCGUUCAUAAUUUUCUGCGAUUUAAUAUUUACAAAUGAAUGGACAAAGAACAGUCACAUUGAAAUAUUUGCAAAAUUAAAUUACAUUAGUCUUUUUAUCAUUUCGAAUACUUUUAAAAAAUACGCACUAGCAGAAGCGGCAGAAAGAACAAAUGCAGCAGCUACAGUAGCGGCAUCUGAUGGUACCGAUAUAACUGUUUUCCGUUUUAAGCAAAUUAUAAAGCAUGUAUGCACUGAAAUUGUAGCUGAUGAAAGAGAUAAUGAUAAUGAUAAUAACGACAAUGUUGAUUGGAGCAGCAUUAAAAACGAAAAAUUAGAAAUUCAAAAUAACGAAUUUAGAGAAAAUCUUGAGCAUGAUAAUUCUGACGUAGACACUUAUUUUAAUCGCAUCCCACCAGUUCAAAAACAUUGUUCACUUAAUAACAGUAACAGCAUAUUUGAGAAGGAAAAUUAUAAAAAUAAAAGAAAUCGAGUAAUAGUGUUUAAUGAUGAAAAGGAAGUAAAUAAGCAAUCAUUGUAUAAAAAAAUAAAAACAGCUAAUUGUAAAGAGAUAGUAAGAAAAAAAAGAAAAAUGAUUACACACGUUAACUAUAAUUUUAAUACCAUUUCAGACACUAUAAGUGAUGAAUUAAUUUUUAAAAUAUACAACACAGUUAUCCAUUUAGCUAUUAAACAUGACUUAACUAUUUAUAUCAUACAUGAAUGCGUAAAUAUAGUUUUAAAAUUAUGUAAAUUAUGUAAUCACGAAUUAGUAGUCUUCGAUUUUUUGCAGUUAUAUACAUACUAUAUUAAAGAUAAUAGGAAGAAAUCAGAAAGAUUUAUUGUCUUUGUAUUGGAGUUAAUUGCGAAAUGUAAAAAUGGAAAUCAUAAAAAUCUCUUUUCAAAUUUAAUGAAAAAUUUUAAUCUGCUUAUACAUUUGCUUUAUGUAGAAAAUUCAGAUAUACGUCUAUUUGCUAAGAAUUGUUUAUUAUCAAUGAAUUUUUUAUCCUCACACGUGAAAUGUAACAAUGAAAAAGCGGCACUUGCGCAGGGUAAAGAUGCCAUUAUUAGGAACACUACUCCUACCAGUGUUACACGAAUAGAAAAAGACAUAUGUAGAAUAUUAAAUGUAGAAAAUGAAAUAGAUAGAGUGACUAAUUUAAUUCUAUUCCAUAUGAGCUAUAUGCAUGAUGUAAUCUCAAACAAAUAUGCACAAGACGAAAAAUGGAGGGACAUAGCAAAUAAAUAUGACAAUUUUUAUAAAAAUACUUCAGGUCAAAACUGUUUACUUAAAAAUUAUAUAAUUGAUCAAAUUAAAACAAAAAAAGAAAAAUUAUUUUAUAAAUAUAAUAAUAUGUUCGAUAAAAAGACCAUAAUUAGGAACAAUAUUAUCGAAAUAGAAAACAUGAUAAAAACGUUUGACUGUCUUUUCAGCCUGCUCUCUGAUAGGAGCUGCUGGAAUGUUUACUUUAUUUUUUUUUUCAUAAAUAUGUUAAAGUCAAUUAAAAAAUUAAGUAAAAAUCAGCCAUACGAAUUUUCCAAUGAAUUUUCCGAUGAAUUUUCCAAUGAAUUUUCCAAUGAAUUUCCCAACGAAUUUCCCAACGAAUUUUUUUUUUUAAUAAAAAAUAUAUUUAUUCAAGCAAUAUACGUAUUUGAAAAUAUAGCAAAAAUGGAGGAAAUAUGGAACGACCAGAACAUACUUACAACUGUUGAAUAUUGGUACAGUGAAAAGAAGAAUAGAUGUUAUAAUGAAAGUAGUAAAAAAUUAUUGUUUAUGCAAGAAAUAAUAAAAAAAGCGUGCAGUCAUCUUAAAUAUGGUAAAUAUAGCAGGGCUGAAGGAAAUUCUAAACGUGUAUUUAUAAUACUGCUCGAGGAUCUAUAUCUUACUAUUAUAGUGUUUUUAAUGCCAAAAGAAAAUAAAUGGGUCUUCUUUAAUUCAUCAAAUUUUUAUUUUUUUAAAAAUCUUUUAUUAAAAAUAUCUUACUUUUAUUAUAAAAAUUGCGGAUCUACAAAAACCAUGGAGUUCGUCUUUUUUAAAAACUUUUUCAGUAGAAUAAAAAAAAGAAUAAAAUUGAAAUACCAUUUGAAAAAAAUUAAUACGGAUAAUUUGUACACUAACAUAUUUUCAAAUUUUAAGAAGAAUAAGAAAUAUUUAUGUUCACAACAUAAUUAUAUAUCGCAAGAAACAAAUGCUCAUUUCACAUUCUGUUUAGAUUUUUUAAAAACGCUUCUUAUUCUAUUUGAUAAAACUCCGAAUUAUGGCGAAAAAGAGCAUAAAUAUAAAAAACUUAUUAUAAACAUUUGCAAAGCUCCAAUUUUUACUUUUAAAUUUUUUUUAACUUCAAGAAGCACAAGUAACUGUUUUUCGUUAUCCGUCAUAGUUCUUUAUCAUUUAUAUGUGAGCAUAUAUAAGAGUGGAAAGGAUGAAAAAUUAUUACAUGAAAUCUGCGUUUUACUAUUUUUAUGUUGUAACAAAGCACUGAAUACUAUAAAAAAAGAUAAUGUUAUUUUCUAUAGUAAUAAAUUAAGACAUGGUAAAAAAAAAAAAAAAAAAAAUUAUAAAAAGGGAAGAAAUGAAUAUACUUCAACAUCGGAGAAGUGUAAGACAGAAAAUGCAAAUUAUGGAGAUUGCAUUAUAAUAAAAAAUGAUUUUGAAAAACCUUUUAAAGAAUAUUAUUUGAAUAGUUCUUUAUACAUUUUUAUAACCUGCUUAAAUGUUCUUACUGAUAUCGUUAAAUUAACCAUUCUAAGAUGCAAUAUCUUCAAUAAGGAUAGUGCAAUAAUAAUCAAGAGAUCAAAAUUUGAAAAACAAAAAAAGAAACAAUAUAAAUUUUUAAGAUGCAAGAAAAGUUUAAUUUUGAUUAAUUAUAAAUAUAUGUGUAAUAUGUGUAAACGUUUUAUGAAAAAAACACACGCAGAUUUUUUUUAUAGUACUAGAAAAUAUGUAUUAAAUUUCAUUCAGCAUUUUAUAUCAUUAAGUACUAUUUUAAUUUUAAAAUAUAAACUUAAAAAUAAUUUAAAUAUACAAAGAAUUUUCAAUUUUUUAUUUUACAAUCUUUUUACCGAUUACGAUGUAAGCGUUUUUACAAUAAUUUAUUCUAUAGCCUUUUCCUUGAAAAAUUACAUAAAUCUUUGUGGAACAAAAAUUAAAAAGUCUAAUAAUUAUUUAGAAGUGUGCGAUGACUUAAUAUCUCAAAUUCUUGAUGAAUAUUACACCUAUGAUUUUCCCGAAACGAAUUUAUGGGAGGAAUACACAUCUAAAACGGUAAGUUUUGAUUCUUUAAAGCAAACAGUCGUAGAUUGCCCAGGCGAAUAA